UAAAGGCUGUAAGAACUUUUGUGCCAACCCCUCUAUCUCAGGCACUCUCCAGGAAGCAGACCAAAAGAGGAAUUUCUGCUACCUUUUUUCAGGGAUCACGUUUUUUUUUGGGUUUCAGUUCAUAAUGAUGUUUAAUUUCUUUCAUGUUGAUUAAAUUUUCUUAGUGUCAAACCUGGGGUUGUUUGGUUGGUUGGUGAUGUUUUGAAACUUGGGAGAUUUACACAUCAGAAGAAUAUGAACCCCAACCACUCCAAUAACCAACACUUUUUUGUGGUUGAAAGGAGAAAAUUAAAGAGUAUACUGUCCAAUCAAGAUAAGAUAUAUCAUCUUCAACAAUUUAAAGAAUAAUAAUUGUAAGUUGUACAUUCGAAAUAAUCUCAUCAAAAAAUCGGAUUCAAACCCAACAGCAAUUACAUCAAGGAUAACAUCCUACCAAUUGACCCAAACUCUUGAUGGCAAUAACUAACACUUUAUACAACCCAACUGCGCCCCUUGAUUUCACCCUUUUUUUAUUCGAGUUUUGACUUGUCUUCCCCUCCUUCAUUUUCCUUCUCUUAGCCAACUUUCCCACCCUUAUAUUAAAUGCUCCUAUGUUAUUCUCCUUGAGUUCCCAAUUUUCCUCACCAACAUUCUUAACUUCUUCUCAUGUUCGUUUCUUUCAACUCUUGAUCAAGUUCCAAGAACCAUUGUCAGGUAAGAUUUGAGAGUUUUUUUUUCCCUAGAAAAUGAUCAUUUUCGAGUUCUUUUCACUUGGUUUAAUUCAGGUCUCCAUGUACCGUGGAAAUGCAUUUUGAUGUCUUUUACUUAAUCAAUGAUGAAGAGUAGUAGUAUAACCAACCAUAAGUAUUUGGAGACGUCUGCCUAUUUCUAUAAACAGAAAAGCACCCAGACAAGCAUUUUGAAAGUCAAGAAAACAAAACUUCUGAUUCAUUGAGAGAAGAAAAAAAAUGGAGAUUCAGCACUGCAAACACGAGUCAUGGUCCGAUACCGAAAGCUCAAGCAGCACCAGGGUCGGCUACAGUGGUCCAUUGAGCGGUCCAAUAUUGGUGAAUAACAAGAAAAAUAGCAGCAAGAAAAGUGCAAGAUUCAAGGAUGAUGAUGAAUAUGUUGAAAUUACUCUAGACAUUCGGGAUGAUUCAGUUUCUGUCCAGAACAUCAAAGGAGGUGAUCCAGAGACGGCAAUGCUAGCAACCAGGUUGGAGAAAAGGCCUUCCUUUGGAUCCCAGCUUUCGUUCCGAAUCAGACAAGUCUCUCAGGAACUAAAGCGGAUGACAUCUACCAAGGCACCGUUUAACAAGGUUGACAGGAGCAAGUCGGGAGCUGCUCGUGCCCUUCAGGGACUGAAAUUUAUGACAAAAAAUGUUGGAAGUGAAGGCUGGUCCGAGAUUGAAAAGCGGUUUGAUGAAUUGUCUGUCAAUGGUUCACUUCCCAAAUCAGUCUUCGGCCAAUGUAUAGGUAUGAAUGAAUCAAAAGAGUUUGCUGGAGAACUGUUCGAGGCCUUGGCUCGUAGGAGAGGGAUAACAUCAUCAGCAAUAAACAAAGCUGAGUUGCGGGAAUUCUGGGAACAAAUCACUGAUCAGAGCUUUGAUGCCAGGCUGCAAACCUUCUUUGACAUGGUUGACAAAGAUGCUGAUGGAAGGAUCACUGAAGAAGAGGUAAAACAGAUUAUUGCAUUGAGUGCUAGUGCUAACAAGCUGUCAAAAAUCCAAGAAUGUGCUGAGGAAUAUGCAGCUCUAAUCAUGGAAGAACUGGACAAAGACAAUCUUGGAUACAUUGAGAUAUACAAUUUGGAAACACUACUUCUCCAAGCUCCAAGCCAAUCAACCAAUUUAGUGACAAGCAGUAGCAUUUUAAGCAGGCUACUGAGUGAAAAACUGGUGCCAACAAAAGAGAGAAACCCCAUUAAAAGAUGGGCCAGGGGUGUUGCCUAUUUUUUAGAGGACAAUUGGAAAAGAAUAUGGGUCCUGGCCCUGUGGAUCUCAAUCUGUGCAGGACUGUUCACCUGGAAAUUCAUUCAAUACAAACAUCGGGCUGUGUUUGAUGUGAUGGGUUACUGUGUUACCACAGCCAAGGGUGCAGCUGAGACAACUAAGUUCAACAUGGCCCUGAUUCUUCUUCCAGUGUGUAGAAAUACCAUUACUUGGCUUAGAAGCAGGACAAAGUUAGGGGUGGUCGUUCCAUUCGAUGACAAUAUCAAUUUUCACAAGGUGGUUGCUUUGGGGAUUGCUAUUGGAGUUGGCAUGCACGCUGGUGCUCAUCUAACAUGUGACUUCCCUAGACUUCUACAUGCCACUGAUGAUGAAUAUGAGCCAAUGAAGCCAUUCUUUGGGGAUGAACGGCCUAACAACUACUGGUGGUUCGUGAAAGGGACUGAAGGCUGGACUGGUGUGACCAUGGUGGUGCUCAUGGCCAUAGCCUAUACACUAGCUCAACCUUGGUUCCGUCGGAACCGGCUAAACCUCCCUAAACCCAUAAAGAAGCUCACCGGAUUCAAUGCCUUCUGGUAUUCGCAUCAUCUAUUUGUUAUUGUCUAUGCCCUCUUCAUUGUUCAUGGAUACUUUCUUUACCUCUCCAAGAAAUGGUACAAAAAGACAACAUGGAUGUAUCUAGCAGUUCCAAUGCUAUUAUACGCGUGUGAACGCCUUAUUCGUGCAUUCAGGUCUGGCAAUAAAUCAGUGAAGAUUUUGAAGGUUGCUGUGUACCCUGGAAAUGUACUGUCUCUGCAUAUGUCUAAGCCUCAAGGAUUUAAGUACACCAGUGGCCAAUAUAUCUUUGUGAACUGUGCAGCAGUUUCCCCAUUUCAAUGGCAUCCCUUCUCCAUCACUUCAUCUCCUGGAGAUGACUAUUUAAGCGUUCACAUUCGAACCUUGGGAGACUGGACAUCCCAACUCAAGGCCCUUUUCGCAAAAGUUUGUCAGCCUCCAUCAGUUAAUCAAAGUGGCCUCCUGAGAGCUGAUAUUGGAAAAGGCGAAAACAAGCCUAGGUUGCCAAAACUCUUAAUUGAUGGUCCCUAUGGAGCUCCAGCACAGGACUAUAAAAAAUAUGAUGUCCUUCUCCUAGUAGGACUUGGCAUUGGUGCAACCCCAUUAAUCAGCAUAGUCAAAGAUGUGCUUAACAACAUCAAGCAACAGAAGGAAAUCGAAGAAGGGAUAGAGACAGGAGUUAAGAACAAGAAAAAGCCUUUUGCCACUAAACGAGCCUAUUUCUACUGGGUUACUCGCGAGCAAGGGUCGUUUGAGUGGUUCAGGGGGGUGAUGAAUGAAGUAGCUGAGUAUGAUCGAGAUAGGGUGAUUGAACUUCAUAAUUACUGCACUAGUGUGUAUGAAGAAGGGGAUGCUAGAUCAGCUUUGAUCACAAUGCUUCAGUCCCUCCACCAUGCCAAAAGUGGGGUUGAUAUUGUUUCAGGAACCCGGGUGAAGACACAUUUUGCCAGGCCUAAUUGGCACAAGGUUUUCAAGCAUGUUGCUGUUAACCAUGCUGACCAGAGAGUUGGAGUAUUCUACUGUGGUGCACUUGGAUUAACAGGUGAGCUAAGGAGGCUAGCUCGAGACUUUUCAAGGAAGACCAGUACCAAAUUUGAUUUCCAUAAAGAAAACUUUUAAAAUUUUGUCCUACAUGAUCUUUUAAUAUUUUUAUUUUUGAAAAUGUAAUAUAGUAUUAUAUUUAUGUUUUACAGGGUAUAGCUGUAAUGUUUGGUAAUUUGGUUAUUAAUUUUAUAUUGUAAUUUUGUCUUACGU